GCCCGGCGGCUCCCGGAGCGCUGUGGCCGGGCGGGCGGCGGGGCCAUGGCGUGCGCGGCGCGGGGGUUCGGCCGGGCGCUGCUGCUGCUGCUCCUCUGCGCGGUGCUGCUGCGCCCGGCCCGCGCUGCCCACAUCAAGAAGGCGGAGGCGGCGGCGCCCGAUGAGGCGCUGCGGUACCUGCACUCGGCCGAGCUGGGCGAGGCGCUGCGGGCGCUGGCGGCCGCGGCCCCCCCGGGCCUGGCGCGGCUCUUUAGCAUCGGCGACUCGGUGGAGGGGCGGCCGCUGUGGGUGCUGCGCCUGACGGCGGGGCUGCCGCCGGAGCGGGACGGCGAGGAGCCCGGCGGGGCGGCCCUGCCCGGCCGGCCGCAGGUGAAGCUGGUGGGGAACAUGCACGGGGACGAGCCGCUGGCGCGGCCGCUGCUGCUGCGCCUGGCCCAGGAGCUGGUGCGGGGCUGGGCCGGCGGCGACGCGCGCAUCGGCCGCCUGCUCAACAGCACCGACCUGUACCUGCUGCUCAGCCUCAACCCCGACGGCUUCGAGCGCGCCCAGGAGGGCGACUGCGGCGGCGACGGCGCAGGGGGCGGCCGGGAGAACAGCCGCGGCCGCGACCUCAACCGCAGCUUCCCCGACCAGUUCGGGGCCGCCGAGCCCGACCUGGAGCCCGUGCCCGAGGUGCGAGCCCUCAUCGCCUGGAUGAGCCGCAACAAGUUUCUGCUCUCUGGCAAUCUUCAUGGUGGCUCAGUGGUUGCAAGCUACCCCUAUGAUGACUCUCCCACACACAAGCCCACAGGAGUCUACAGUAAAUCAGCUGAUGACGAAGUCUUCAGAUACUUGGCAAAAGCUUAUGCGUCGCAUCACCCCAUAAUGAGAACUGGCAAACCCAAUUGCCCUGGCGAGGAGAGAGAGACCUUCCAAGACGGUAUCACAAAUGGUGCUCAGUGGUAUGAUGUAGAAGGUGGGAUGCAGGAUUACAACUAUGUGUGGGCCAACUGCUUUGAGAUCACAUUGGAGCUGUCCUGCUGCAAAUAUCCUCCGACCUCUGAGCUCCAGCAGGAGUGGGAGAACAACCGGGACUCUCUCCUCGCCUUCAUUGAGCAGGUCCACAUCGGCGUGAAAGGCUUUGUCAGGGAUGCAAUCACUGGAGCUGGCCUGGAGAACGCAACCAUCGUUGUUGCUGGUAUCGCUCACAACAUCACCGCGGGCAGAUUUGGUGAUUACCACCGGCUCCUUGUGCCUGGGACCUACAACGUGACCGCAGUUGUGAUGGGCUACACACCAGUGACCAGAGAGAACAUUGAGGUGAAGGAGGGAGCAGCAACAGAAGUGGAUUUCUCCUUGCAGCCAACUGUAAUGCCAGCAUCAUUUAACGUCACACAGUUCACAGCAACGUCUGCUCCUGCCUCCACCAUCACCCCCACCCCUGUGCAGGCAGAGGCCCCGAGCCCAACCUCUCUCCAUCAACCCAUCCAACCCAUGGACUUCCGCCACCAUCACUUCUCAGACAUGGAGAUCUUCCUGCGGCGCUACGCCAACGAGUACCCCAAAAUAACCCGCCUCUACUCCGUGGGCAAGUCGGUGGAGCUGCGGGAGCUCUAUGUAAUGGAGAUCUCUGACAACCCUGGUGUCCAUGAAGCAGGUGAGCCGGAGUUCAAGUACAUCGGGAACAUGCAUGGGAAUGAAGUUGUGGGGCGAGAGCUUCUCCUGAACCUCAUCGAGUACCUCUGCAAGAACUUCGGCACAGAUCCUGAAGUGACAGAUUUGGUGCAGAACACACGGAUCCACAUCAUGCCAUCUAUGAACCCUGAUGGCUAUGAGAAGUCCCAGGAAGGAGACAGAGGAGGCACCGUUGGCAGGAACAACAGCAACAACUACGACCUGAACCGGAACUUCCCAGAUCAGUUUGUCCAUGUGGCAGACCCUCCCCAGCCAGAAACCCUCGCUGUCAUGACCUGGUUAAAGACUUACCCAUUUGUGCUCUCAGCAAACCUGCACGGAGGUUCUCUGGUGGUUAAUUACCCCUUUGAUGAUGAUGAACAAGGAAUAGCCAUAUACAGUAAAUCCCCAGACGAUGCUGUGUUUCAGCAGUUGGCACUUUCCUACUCCAAGGAAAAUACAAAGAUGUACCAGGGAAGCCCUUGUAAGGAUAUGUACCCCACUGAGUACUUCCCACAUGGCAUCACUAAUGGGGCUCAGUGGUACAACGUUCCAGGUGGGAUGCAAGACUGGAAUUACUUACAUACAAACUGCUUUGAAGUGACCAUUGAGUUGGGCUGUGUGAAAUACCCAAAAGCUGAGGAGCUGCCCAAGUACUGGGAGCAGAACCGCCGAUCCCUCCUCCAGUUCAUGAAACAGGUUCACCGCGGCGUCUGGGGGUUUGUGCUGGAUGCUGUGGAUGGAAGGGGCAUCCUGAACGCCACCAUCAGCGUUGCUGACAUCAACCACCCGGUGACCACCUACAAGGAUGGAGACUACUGGCGCCUCUUGGUCCAGGGGACGUACAAAAUCACAGCAUCUGCCCGAGGGUAUGAUCCAGUCACUAAGACGGUGGAAGUUGGCAGCAAAGGUGGUGUUCAGGUCAACUUCACUCUUUCACGGACAGACAUCAAGGUGGAGGAGGGGAAGGUGCCAGUCUUGAACACCCCAGACACCAGUGACCCCAACGAGAAGGAGUUUGAGACCCUGAUCAAAGAUCUCUCUGCUGAGAACGGCCUGGAGCGCCUCCUGCUCACCUCCUCGGGGAAUGUCGCUCCCUACCGAUACCGCUCUUACAAGGACCUCUCCGAGUUCCUCCGAGGCCUCUAUCUGAACUACCCCCACAUCACAAACCUCACCAGUUUGGGUCAGAGCGUUGAGUUUCGUCAGAUCUGGUCCCUUGAAAUCUCCAACAAGCCCAACCAGUCCGAGCCUGAGGAGCCAAAGAUCCGCUUUGUUGCUGGUAUUCAUGGAAACGCUCCCGUUGGCACAGAGCUGCUGCUGUCACUGGCAGAAUUCCUUUGCAUGAAUUACAAGAAGAACACUGCUGUUACAAAGCUGAUUGACCGAACACGGAUUGUGAUUGUGCCUUCCCUGAAUCCAGAUGGACGUGAGAUGGCCCAAGAGAGAGGCUGCACAUCGAAGACAGGCCACACUAAUGCUCAUGGCAGAGAUCUGGACACAGACUUCACAAGCAAUUAUUCCCGGUACUUGGGCACACGAGAGCCUGAGACCAAAGCCAUCAUGGAGAACUUGAUAUUGAAGCAGGAUUUCAGCCUCUCUGUUGCACUAGAUGGAGGAUCUCUGCUUGUCACUUACCCAUAUGACAACCCAUCACAGACAGCGGAGAACAAAGAAACACUGAAGCAUUUGGCAUCUGUGUAUGCAAACAACCAUCCACUGAUGCAUUUGGGCCAGCCAGGCUGUCCCAAUAAGUCAGAUGAGAAUAUUCCUGGUGGUGUGAUCCGUGGCUCUGAAUGGCACAGUCACUUGGGGAGCAUGAAGGAUUUCAGUGUCACGUUUGGUCACUGUCCCGAGAUCACUGUUUAUACCGGCUGCUGCUACUUCCCGAGUGCAGGACAGCUUCCCAGCCUGUGGGCAGAGCACAGGAAAUCUCUCCUUAGCAUGCUGGUGGAGGUCCAUAAGGGAGUCCAUGGCUUUGUUCAAGACAAGAGUGGCAAGGCAAUUUCUAAAGCUAUCAUUGUUCUAAAUGAAGGUUUGAGGGUCUAUACUAAAGAAGGUGGCUAUUUCCAUGUGCUGUUGGCUCCAGGUUUGCACAGCAUCAGUGCAGUAGCUGAAGGGUACCAGCAGAAACAUGUCAAGGUCUUUGUCCGUCACGAUGCACCCAGCUCCGUGUUCAUUGUAUUUGACACAGAAAACAGGAUAUUUGGUCUGCCAAGGGAGCUGGUUGUAACUGUUGCAGGUGCAAGUAUGUCUGCUCUGGUCCUCACUGCCUGUAUCAUCUGGUGUGUUUGCUCCAUUAAGUCCAACAGACACAAGGAUGGCUUCCACCGCCUCCGGCAGCACCACGACGAUUACGAGGACGAAAUCCGCAUGAUGUCCACGGGCUCAAAGAAGUCCCUCCUGAGCCACGAAUUCCAGGAUGAAACAGACACUGAAGAAGAAACACUGUACUCCAGCAAACACUGACACCCCUCGGGCAGGAAGGGAGGUUCCCAUGGGCCAGAUCCGGUGGCGGGGGCCGAUCCCUGUGGUUCAGUUUUGAAACAUUAGCUUGCAGGAUGUGUCCUCCAGAGGUGUGGGUGGCUGCUCCCAGCUCCCCUCUAUUUGCUCUGUUCCUAUGUACAUGCGAAUUAGUGGGUGUUGGGGGCUGGUUUCAGGCUAAGGACACUGCUUGUUAUGGUUUUGGAUCAAGAUCUGGAGGUUCACGUGAGGUUGUUUGAAAGGCAACUUAACAGGGUGGCCAGCAGAGUUCCUAGCACUUCCCCAGCAUCUCAACACAGCAAGCAGAUGGUGGGGAAGUGCCUCAAGACCUGCAGGAAGUCAUAGUUACAACACUCCAGAGCAGUUUCUCUGCCUGUUUUGGUUCCAUGUUUUCCACUCUGUACUUGGGGGAAGCCACAUCCUUCACUUGACUCCAUGUUCUGCAGCGCAGCCCUUGGAAAAAGACCCCCCAAAGAAACCAUCCCUUGGUUCUCAGCUGCUCCCUUGGAGCUUCUCCCCACCAGGAGAUGCUGUGGCCUGCUAUGAUCAGCAGUGAAAGCUGGGGGAGGUGACAUCCAUUCUUGAUGUGAGCUGGAGAAAGGAGCAAAUGUCAGAGCUUCGGUGGACUCUAACAAAGUUCAGUUUCUUGCGAGCUCUGGGGUACUGCUGUUCCUGACUUCUGGGGAAGAAAGAAGCUUUAUCCCCAUCACCUCUGAUUGCUUUUCAUCUGUGUAGUAGACUUGGCCUUUGGGGUUUCAAGUUAGCAUUGCAACAGCUGAAAGAGCAACUGCAGGUGGUUCUAAGCAGAUGGAUAAACUGGUGGUGGUGGAUACUGUUAGAAAAGCAAUCAGUUACUGACUCCACCUGAUCAGUCUUGCUCAAGUCUACCACUGUUCAGGAGGAAACAGUGAAAUGUGACCACUGCUUUGUAUUGAACACUAUUGGAGCAGCAGGGAGAGGUCAUGGGAGUAUCCAUGGCCCAAUUUCAGUCUUAAGUUUAGAAGAAAAGCUGAACCUAAUACCAUUUAGUGAUCAGAGCACUUUGGAAACACGCUCUCAUCAAGCUCUGAUCAUGGUAGGCAUCAACUUAGCCUGCUGGCUUGGCUCUGUUCUGCCCUGAAGUAUGUAGCAAGAGCUCCACCUGCUUGUGUGUCUGCUGCUUUGGGGUCUGGGUGCGAGGUGUGAGGAAGGGCUGAACGGCUGUGCUGAAGGGGAAGGGAAAAGCAGCCACGUCCUGUUUUGUAGCACUUGGCAGGAAAGGGAUGCUGCGGUGUACAUCCCCCAGGCAUGUGGGAUUUGGAGGGAAUAGUGUUGGCCAGAAGGGAAGAAUGGCUGAAACUGCUGAUUUCCAAAGCCUUUAUGCAUCUCUGAUGUUCCUGUGCUUUCUGAACAGAAGGCUGGGCUUAGAAUAGGCACUUAUUUUCCUGCUGCUCAUGUUCUUUUUUUAAUUCUUGCCCUACUGACUUGAACUCCAGGGUGCAGGAGCCUGGCACAGCAAUGUCUUGGGCAUCUGCUUUGCCCUGAGCUGAUCUGUUCUCCAGCAACCUGGGGAGGUUGACUAGUGAAUCCUACAUAUGGUGUCUGUUGGGGGGUGGUUGCAUCCAAAUGUAUGACGGGGUCUGUUCUGCAGGGUUCUGACCUGGUCCUCUCUAGGGAAACAGUGCAGUGGGUUCCCUGUUGAAGGCUGCUGGGCCCUGUCACCUGGGGAUGGAGCAGUUCCUCACCCCAGCAUGUGGUAGAUGCCCUUCCAGAGCCACAUGCUCAUAGUCCCAAGUGAUGUUGUGCAGCCAGCUGGAGGGACAAAGACAACCCUUACCCACCAGUAGACCUUCCGUGUUCCACAGUGAAUUCUAUUGCAAGAAAUGUGUCUUAAGACCGGGCUUGGGUGCAGGUAGAUGAGGCUGAGCAUUCCUUGUGCUCCUGUCCUGCAUUGCUGUGGUGUGAAAGAGCUGCUCUUGAGCCAUGAACAUCCCUGUGCCUGCUCCCAGCUCGUGGUGCUGAGCAGGGCUGUGCUUUAGGCCAUGACCCUUUCCCAUGUGUGAUGGGCUGCAGCACACCAGCACUCAAUAGUGUUAAACCCUGCCUCACCUCUGAACGUCUCCUGCUUCUGAGGGCUUUAAUGAGAGACACAGCUGGGUUUUAUGUUCAAGUUCAGUUUGCAACUGGCCCUUAGGGCUCUGUUUGGGUUUCAUUUGCUCUGGCAGCAGGUGCUGGACUGAGCUGGCCUUGCUUUGUCCCACUAGCAAUAAGCCAACUUAGAAUUGGUCCUUUCCCUCGGAGAGUGGUUUUUGCCAUUAGCUUGCAGUAGGUGUGUGGUUUUGAGUGGGUUUGAGAUGUUUUGCCAACACAUGAGCCUUUUCUACGCAGCAGGACCGGGGCGGGUGUCUGGCUCUCGCUCCAUGCUCGGGGCUGCAGCAGGAACCACUGGGACUGUUUACCACCAGUUCGGGGAAGGCAGGAGCAGCCUCCCCUCACUGUCUGUCCAUCUGUCUGUCCGAGCCGGUCCCCCGCGGGCGCUUGUCCCUGGAGCGUGUCGGUCCAUGCACUGUGCCUUCAAAUGUCCGUUUUUUAAGGGACUUGAAUCGCCUUUUCCUGGCGGCGGGAGCGAGGCCUGGCUCUGCCCUCAGCCUCUGUUUUUUACCUGUAUACUGAGAUCCAAUAAUCUGUAUAAAACUAUUUUGAUGUCCA